UUGGCUCCGACCGAUUCGCCAGCUGUUAUCGAGUGCACAUAUUUUUCUGUAGUAUUUAUAGGUAUUUAAUAAAUUAAUUAACUUCAAAAUUCAAAAUGAAUAACUUCAUUAAACAGUGCAAAACUUCUCUUAAGCUUCCUCGGAUUGUUGUCCUCGGUAACGAAAGCUGCGAUUUGGAUUCGGCAGUUUGCAGCAUCGCGUUGGCUUUCCAUCUUUCCCGGACAUCCGCCGGGGACUUUCUCCGGUCAACGGUCAAAGGUUCCGAUUGUGUCGUGCCGGUUUUGAACGUAGCGCGGGAAGAUCUGCCCCUGAAGACCGAAGUCGUCUACUAUCUGCAGGAGAAUCGAAUCGAGUUGACCGAUUUGAUAUGCCGGGACGAAAUCGACCUGCCGGAGAAUGUGGGAGGGGACACUUCCUAUGUGCUGGUGGAUCAUCAUCUUUCCAGGUAUCGGGCGAAUGUGGUCGGCGUGGUGGACCACAGGCCUUUCGAUCAAAGUUCGAUGUUGAAUUAUGACAUUUUUAAGUGCAUAGAACAAGUUGGUUCCUGUGCCAGUUUGGUAUCGAAGAUCGUUAGAGAUUCGGGUGCCUUGCAGGAGAAGUCCAACGAAACUGUCGAUCUGCUCAAGUUCCUGUACGGUCCAAUUGUUUUAGAUACGGUAAACUUCUCCAAGGAUGCAGACAAAGCUCGCCCAUUAGAUCACGAAAUGGCAGAAGCAAUAGAACAGUAUAUCUGCAUCGAAAAAAAGGAACAAACUCGACAAGCUCUGUUCGAUACAUUGGUUGCGAAGCGUAGCGAUGUAUCCAGUCUCAACUCUCUGCAGAUUUUGUCCAAAGAUUUGAAAAUUGCGUCGAGGGGAGGGCGAAUCGUUGCCAUACCUGGAUAUCCCAUUUUGGUGCAAGAAUACGUCAAACUUGAAAAUGCUGCCGAAAAUCUGCAAGCUUUUGCCCAGAAGACAGCUUGCAAUGUAGUUGUGCUCAUGGGUAUGAAGGUUAACUCUGAAGAUGGAAGCGUGAGGAGAGAUUUGGGAAUAAUCAACAUCACUGAUUUCAGUCUGCAACAACAGAUUGUUUCUGCGAUAACUUCCAGUAUGGUGCCUGACUUCAAUGUCAAAAAACUUGAAACCAUCAGUUUUCUAGACGGAAGCUUUUAUGAACAGAAUAAUAUUAAAGCUUCUAGGAAGCAGCUACUCCCUCUAGUCAAUGGUGUACUCGAUAAUAAAUGUUGAUUUAAUGUU